AUGGUACGUACGAGAAUCGGUUUGUACUUGUCUAAGCGAAGUAAUUCUCAAUCAACAACUGAUCAGAAAGAAGAAGAACAAGAAAUUCAAUCAAGUAUGUCGAACAUAAACACUAAUAAAGCUGAUUUUUAUAUUACUAACACAACAUGUUCACCACUCAAACCGGAAUCAUCAACAACCAAGAUCACUUCCUCAUCAUUCAUUUCCACCGAUGCAACCGAAGCCACAAUGACUGUAUUACCAGAAAUUAUUAAUCAAGCAUCAAUAAACAACACAUCGAAUAUCAACGAAGAUAAAGAACUAGCUCGCAUUUCAUAUUAUAAUGGAACGACAAACAUAUAUUCUUGGUUAACAGCUAUCAGAAGUGUUUUUAUUGAUUUGAAAUAUGAUGAGACUAUGUGGGCGAACAAAGCCAAAUAUUAUUUGCUCGAUCUUGCUGCUCAAUUCGCUUAUAUUAAUGAUGAUCGAAUGAUCACUUGGAAAAGUUUUCAACAGCUAAUGAUAAACCAAUAUCUAUCAACAACUACAUCCGAUCACAGCGAUUCUCUUCUUGGUACAUCAACUAACUUUAAUAUAAAACCACAACGAGAUACAACUUAUCUAUCGGACACUUUGGCCGUUAAAGCACAUCAUGCUUUGGUACUAGAAGAUUUAAAAACAUUACCAAAAUUCUCAGGUAAAGAACCACAAUCUAUUCAUUCAUGGUUAGAAGAAAUCGAACUCAUAUAUGAUAAAG